AUGGCGAUGGACGCACUAACACACUAUAUUCAAGAGGAGGUGUCAUGGUGUAUGUUAUUCGCGGAUUAUAUAGUUCUGAUUGAUAAGACGCGAGGAGGAGUUAACGAGAGGUUGGAGGUGUGGAGACAGACCCUUGAGUCUAAAGGCUUCAAGUUGAGCAUGACUAAGACAGAAUACGUGGAGUGCAAGUCCAGCGGCGUGUCGGGAGAGUCGGACAUGGACGUGAGGCUUGCCUCACAAGUCAUCCCAAAGAAAGGGAGCUUCAAGUACCUGGGGUCGGUUAUCCAAGGGGUGGGGGAGAUAGACGAGGAUCUCCCGCACCAUAGAGGGGGAUGGUGGAUAAAAUGGAGGUUAGCGUCUGGAUUCUUGUGUGACAAAAAUAUGCCUACGGAACUUAAAGGUUUGCCUAAAAUCGUGGAGCUUAGGCCUCCGGUCGGGGACGAGGACUUGCCCGCUGAUUCUUCUGCUUCGGUGUAG